AGGAAGGAGGCUGUGUCCUGACCACGCUCACUUGGCGCUGGUUUCUCCCUUGGUCCACGGCUGCAUCUGGAGCCGCUUCAAGGAGGUGGGAAGUAGAAAACCACAGUUACGGAAGGAGACUGUCGACUGAGAGAGCAAGAUGAAGAGAGUUGUAGAUCUAGCCAUAUGUUCACAUACAGCAGGCUAGAAGUGAGCCACUUUCAGGGAGCCAGGCUUGGAUACACGUUCCCUGAUGGCUCAAUUGGGAGCAGUCGUGGCUGUGGCUGCCAGUUUUUUGUGUGCAUCUCUCUUCUCAUCAGUGCACAAGAUAGAAGAGGGACAUAUUGGGGUAUAUUACAGAGGUGGUGCCUUGCUGACUUCCACUAGCGGCCCUGGUUUCCAUCUCAUGCUCCCUUUCAUCACAUCAUAUAAGUCUGUGCAGACCACACUUCAGACUGACGAGGUGAAGAAUGUGCCCUGUGGGACUAGUGGUGGUGUGAUGAUCUACUUUGAUAGAAUUGAAGUGGUGAACUUCCUGGUCCCAAAUGCAGUGUAUGAUAUAGUGAAGAACUAUACUGCCGACUAUGACAAGGCCCUCAUCUUCAACAAGAUCCACCAUGAGCUGAACCAGUUCUGCAGCGUUCAUACACUUCAGGAGGUCUACAUUGAGCUAUUCGAUCAGAUUGAUGAAAAUCUCAAGUUGGCUUUGCAACAAGACCUGACCUCCAUGGCCCCAGGUCUUGUCAUCCAAGCCGUGCGAGUCACGAAGCCCAAUAUACCCGAGGCUAUUCGUAGAAACUAUGAGCUCAUGGAAAGCGAGAAGACAAAGCUGCUCAUUGCAGCCCAGAAGCAGAAGGUGGUGGAGAAGGAGGCUGAGACUGAGCGGAAGAAGGCCCUCAUUGAGGCAGAAAAAGUGGCUCAGGUGGCCGAAAUCACCUAUGGCCAGAAGGUGAUGGAGAAGGAGACUGAGAAGAAGAUUUCAGAAAUUGAAGAUGCGGCAUUUCUGGCCCGAGAGAAGGCAAAAGCUGAUGCUGAAUGUUAUACUGCUAUGAAAAUAGCCGAAGCAAAUAAGCUAAAGCUGACCCCUGAGUAUCUGCAGCUGAUGAAGUACAAGGCAAUUGCUUCCAACAGCAAGAUUUACUUUGGCAAAGACAUCCCUAACAUGUUCAUGGACUCUGCAAGCGGUCUGGGCAAGCAGUUUGAGGGGUUAGCGGGCAAACUGAGACUUGACUUAGAAGAUGAGCCCUUGGAGGCAGGCACUGAGGAGAACUGAAGAAGAAAAACACAAAGUUUUUCAAAUGACACUUCAAGAAUUCUUUAUUUUUUAAUGAUGAGCCAGGGUGUCCCCCCCACCCACACACACACACACACACACACACACACACAGCAUCUUCUUUGACUCUCUUCCACAUGCUGUGGUGAAAAAAAAGAAGAAAUGGACUGAAAUCUAUUCCCAUUCACGAAGGGGGGGGAGGGGUUUGCUGAUUUGGGUGGGGUUUUUUUGUCUUGUUUUUUCAGAGAAACAGGCCAUAUGUCUUCUGUAAGGAUUUAUAAACCUUGGACCUCCAGACACUAAUUUUAACCCUUUGAAGCUUACUUAACUUGGGAUUGUUAUCAAGGAAGGGGAGAAAUAUAUAGGGUACUGCCUUCAAAUGAUUCAGUUUCCCUUACUUGGGAAAAAUGUGGUCCAGCUCUCACCCCUGCCUCCACACUGGGAGAUGCUAUGGGUGAGUAUCAGCAACUGAGCAAAUAUGUGCUUGUAUGUUUGCCAGUAGAGCUGUGGAGAAACAGCUGUUUGGCUUUCCUGGCUUUUUUAUCAGCACACAUGAGUUAUUUCAGGGCUGUUCUCUCUGGAGCCCUCAUAAGGAAGAACUGGUGCUAGGUUUUGUAAGCUUUUCUAUCUCCCGCCCUUCUUGCUUAAAGAGUGGUGGUUUCUGACUGUAUUUCCAGAGUCAGGAUUUGAUCACCACAACAUAAUUCUUUAAAAAAAAAAAAAAUUUUUUUUCUUUCCACCUACUCUGUUGUGAUUUGAUGUUUUCCUCCCUUUACUAUCUGUUCAUUGGUCUACUCAGUAUCAAGAAGACAGGAACAAACAAUUCAAGUGUCUUCAUAGCUGCUGAAGUGGGACCAUUUUAUCUGUAAAUCAUUGACGUAGCUGCUGGGCAGACCAUGUAUAUUCCUUGAGAUCAAGUGUCUUAUUGUUGUUAUGCUUCCACGUUGAAGGAAAUGUUCCUCUAAAAGAGGAAAGGGGAUCAUCCGAAAGAUUUCCCAGUAUUAAUGCCUGUGGUGCACUCUGGGAAUUUUUCUAACAGAAUGAUAUAAACGGAACCAGUUCUCUGGUAUGCAUUAAACCCAGGCCUCCAGGUAGCUACAGCUGGUGUCAGACUGAAUGUUAAACCUAUAGAGAACUAUAUAGGUACAAGUCAGGGUCCCUACCCAGUCCCUGGGUUGGAGUUACGUCGAAAUCCAGUCAGAUUUUCUUUUCUUUCCUUUUCUUUUCUUCUUUUUUUUUCUUCGUUACUAAUUGAGAAAAUGUUGAGUCAACCUGCAAGAUUCAGCAUGGGGAAAAGCAAAUAUAAAGUAAGGUUUUCCUAUAUCCUGAAAGUAGAAUUGAACAUGGGGUCAGCUACCUAGCUCCGUAUUAAAUUGUUAUCUGGAGUUAUGAAUGUGUUGGUACUACCCAUGACAAUUUGUGCUUUAAAGUUUGGCCUUAGUAUUAGCUGCCCCUCUUUCACCCAAAUCCCCAUUGUAGCCCUCUUCCCUUAGUGAAACUACAAAUGACAUUUCCUGGCACCUCAUUUCUGGCCCAGUUUCCAGACUUGUUGUUUCUCAAGUGACCCCAGAACUUGGAUCAGCUUGCUUCAUCGGGCUUGUCCAGGUAUUUGGGAAGCAUUCAGCCUACCUAGGAACAAAACAAAGUGUGAAUUCUUUUUUUUUUUUUAAUCCCCAAAGAUUUAUUUUAGUUCUUCCUGUGCUAUAAAUAAUUUUCACAUGAGUAAAAAAAAAAAAAGCCAGAGUACCACUCCAGUUCCAGGGAUCGAACCAAGGCAUGUGAGUCCUGUGCUUUUAAGAGUUCAGCUAGUUUCCCCAGGCAUUGGAUUCCUCUUAAUCCAAACAGUGCACUUCUCUGGUCUGACUCUAGUGCUUAGAAUUUCAAAUCUCUGUCAAAUCACUGGUUCUUGUCACACACUUGGUGCAGGAGCCAAAUGUUCCUGGAAGGAAUGGACUUUAAUGUGCCGAGAAGUCUGCAUCGGAGGCAGUCAGGUUAGUCUCCCUAGAGCAAUGUGUAGGGUAUCCAUUGUUAAGAUAUACUCACCCCUCCCAUUUCAAUGCCACUAGUUACUUGAGAGGAGCAACAGGACAUGUCCAGCAUCCCCAGUUUACUUAUCAGUCUGCUCUAGCUACUCUGAUUUGCCUAAGCCUCAGAAAACACUACUUCUCUUUUUUUCCUUUUUCCUUUCUCUUUUUUCUUUUUUUUUCUUUACUUUUUUUUUUUUUUGCCUCCAGGGUUAUUGCUGGGGCUCAGAGCCUACCUACACUAUACUGGUUGGCUUUUUCUUUUUCUUUUCUUUCUUUUUUUUUUUUAUUGGAUAGGCAGAGAAAUUGAGAGGGGAGGGGUAGUUAGGGAGAGAGAAAGACAGACACCUGUGGACCUGCUUCACCAUUUGUGAAGUGACACCCCAGUGGGGAGAACUGGGAUUCUUGCUCGGGUCUUUGCACUUCUUACUGUUUGUGGUUAACCCCGGGUGCCACUUACCUACCCCCAACACCACUUCUCUAUAAUAGGAUAAGGAACAAAAGAUAAAUAGCACCACUUCUCAGAUUCUUCAAAUUAUCUCUCAUCCUAACCUGUGAUACCUUGUCCCUUACACUUCAAUUGAUUGACACACUUCAAUAGACCUAAGUCUUUCUGCACUGUUCUGUUGAAGUUAAUGUUUUUUUCUCUUUAAAUAAUACCAAAAACUGUAAAUAUUACAAUACCCAUUAGUUUAAAUUCAGUGGUUUUCAGUUCCUGCCUGUAUAAUACCAUGAAACUCAGCUACUUCCUAUGCAUGUGUGUCAGACUUUAACAUCUGCCAGAAAAAUCACAUCUUAAAACAUUUGAAUCCUAAACAUGUAAAAUGUGACCACCUGCAAUUUGGUAGGCAAUAAAGUCAUGGCUGCUAUUUAUAAAUGGAACUUCUAUCAAAAUAACAUUUUUAAAUAGGUUUUUGUUUGUUUGUUUUAACAUUUCCCAUGGAAAAUCACCUUGAAUAUUUCUGACUCAUUAAAUUUUGUAGAAGUGGUUCAUACUUAAUACUUUUUUUUAAAUAACUUUUUAAAAUAAUGACAAUGUUUGCAAGGAAGCCAAAGUUUUUGUUUUGUUUGGUUUAGUUUUGUUUUGCCACCAGGGUUAUCAACUGGGGCUCAUACCAGCACUACAAGCCCACUGCUUUUUAAAUAUUUUUAAAUUUUAUUUUAUUUGAUAGGACAGAGAAAUUGAGGAGGAAAGGGGAUACAACGGGAGAGAAAACAGAUACCUGCAGCCCUGCUUCACUUCUCAUGAAGCUUCCCCCUCUGCAGGUUGGAGGAGGGGCUUGCACUCUGGGCCUUGUACAUUUUAGCAUGUGUGCUCAACCAGUGCACCACCACCCAAUGCCUCAAAGUUGGUUCAUUUUUAUCUGACGAACAGAUAGUUGAAAUGAACAGCAUCAGUGAAAAAACUAUAGCAAUCAAAACAGAAGUAGACAUUGGGAUCAGGAAGGGCUUCAUGGUAGGGCAUAUGCUUCACAUAUACAUGGCCCUGGGUCUAAUCUCCAGCACCAAAAAAGGAUUGAACCUGGGACCUCAGUACUACAGGCAGGAAAGUCUUUUUGCCUAAUCAUGCAUUCUCCCCUCUAAAAAGAAAAAAAAUGUUUUAUAAAUAAUCUGUUGCAGUUUCUAUGGAUGUGUCUUUCAACACUGGUAAUGUUACCAUUUACAGAGAGUAAAUAUAUUAAGAUCCUUCUAUUUGCUGAUUUACCUAAAUUUGAUUAAGGAUAAAAUGUCUCGUAGUAAAAAGGCAACUAUGUGAUAUGAAUGUACUCAGCCAUUGUUUCUUUAGUUCUUCUAGCCUCCAUGUAAAAGUACCAGGUAGUCAUUUCAUGUUUGUAUCACUGUUCCUUUUGUUGUUUUCUCUUUUGUAUAAACUAGUGAUUGACUCGUUUUCAAAAAGCCCCAAGAACUUAAUGACCCCUUUGUAACUGAAAAUGCUAUCUAUUAUAUUAUUCACUGUGAAUAGUGUGCUGGAUUAAUUGUCUGAAGAACUAUUCUGAGCAACACUAAAUGUGUGAAUUUAUGUCUUAGUUUUAUUUUCAGUCUCACUUAAUAAAACAAUUACUUUCUUAUUA